AUGCUCCAGGCCGAGCAAGGCCAAGGCAGCGCGACCUUCUCCGUGGAGAAGGACUCGGUCCGGCAGAGGUAUGCGGACGAAGUCGCUUCGACCACGUCGCCGUCUUCAACCGUGCGAACAUUGCCAACACUGUUCGAGGAAGACUACGACGUGAAACAGCUGCUGGGCCAGGGCAGGUUUGCUAAAGUUCAGGAGGUCGUCCGGAAAGGAACCAAGAAGAGGUUUGCCGUGAAGGUCAUGGAGUCCAGCAAGGAAAGUGAGACUGAAAUGCAGCUCCUGGCGGGCCUGCAGCAUAGCAACAUCGUCCGCUUGCACCAGUCGCGAGAGCAGAACCAGAUGCUGUACAUGAUCUUAGAGCUCUGCAGCGGGGGGACUUUGAAAAGCUGGAUAGCCAACCGGUACGAGCAGGGCGUGAGCAAGAUGCCUGUUUACAUGGCUCCGUCAAGAUCUCUUGUGGCAAACUGCUUGUGGCAAAUUCUGGAUGCCACCCGGUACCUCCACGAGCAGGGAUUUGUGCACCGCGACAUCAAGCCCGAGAACCUUCUCGUGCUGAAGACAAGUUUCCGCCCGCAGCUGAAGCUUGCAGACUUCAAUGUGGCAACAGCAUUCCAGAGGGGGGAGUUGAUGACCAAGCGCUGUGGUUCACUGGGCUAUAUGGCGCCUGAAGUGGUAAAAGGUUCUUACUCCGAACUCUGCGACCUGUGGAGUGUGGGAGUAGUUUUUUACGAGAUGGCCACAGGUAUGCGUCUGUGGCCUUCUACACAGACCAACCAGCAGCACUACGACCAAGUUCUGGCAGAGGUCCCCCUGACCUUGCAGUCCAACGAGUACUGGAGACAUCUCGGAGACGGGCAUACCCUGGCACAGGAGCUCUUGAGCCUGGAGUCCUCUGGCCGACCGACGGCUUCGUCUGCCAUGGACAACGAUUGGUUGAGAAAGUAUGCGCUUGCUUCUGAUGAAG